GAUCCAGCUUACGCAACAAGAAAGCCUUGUGAACACCGUCUGAAUUGCUGCAAGAAUCAUGGAGAAGACGGCCGAUUUCUCUCGUUGUGGGUUUAUGAGGAGGAUUUUCCAGCGACGGUGCAAGUGGCUGAGAAAAUCCUCUGUACAUUCAUUACCCACAAACAACACCGAUAAUGGAAACUUAAAAUUACCCACCACUGAAAAUCCCAAAAGGCAGAGCCGGCGCUCUGUUUCCGAAGUGUGUAUCGAAAAUCCGGCCGCUGCAGCCAAAGCUCCGGCGGACCCAGAUCCAAAAACCCCCAAAAAGCCAACUUUGGACCAACCAAGGCCUUCAAUUUCUCAACAGAAGUGUCAAAUCCAAAGCAGAAGGCCUUCCGAUGCUGCGAGAAGCUCCACAUCGUCCUCCAAUGGCUCUGCACAAGCAAGAGCCAUGAAUUCGCAGCAACAAUUCAACGAACCCAAAGCUCCCAUUCGAAAGUCUUUAAGCAAUGGGGCGAUUUUGGGUAACUUGAAGCAAGCUGGAAGUGGGAAUUUGUCGGCCAACAACAGUCCACGGCUUGAAAGUUCUAAUUUGGGUUUCCUCUCUAAGAAUCUAAAAGACAUGAAUUCAAGUCCAAAACUUGGAGGAAGUGGAACUAUGGGGAACAUCAUGAGGAGGAAUUCUUCAGAGUUUCGACAGAUUCGAGGUAGAUUAGAGCCGGAUGUUUUGAAGUCCAUGGGAAAUGAAGCAUACAAAAAAGGGAAAUAUGAAGAGGCCUUGGAUUUAUACGACAGAGCAAUAGGCUUAGAUUCAGGGAAUGCUGUUUACCACAGUAACAAAGCCGCUGCUUUAAUUGGCUUAGACCGUCUAAUGGAAGCCAUUGAAGAAUGCAAAAAGGCAUUGGAAAUUCAACCUUCUUAUCAAAGAGCUCACCAUCGUUUAGCCACUACCUAUCUCAGAAUUGGGGAGCCCGAGAAAGCUUUGGACCAUUUGGAACAAUCCGGGCCUUACAGUGACUCAAACCAAAUUCAUAAAGCUCGUGCUCUUCAGAGUUGCCUGAGUAGGUGCUUUGAAGCAAGAAAGUUGCAUGAAUGGAACACUCUGUUAAAGGAGUCACAAUAUGCAAUUUCCUCUGUUGCCAAUUCAGCUUAUAAACUCUAUGCCCUGCAAGCCGAGGCCCUACUGAAGUUCCAUAGACAUCAAGAGGCUUAUGCCAUUUACCAAAAGGGUCGAAGCCUCAAAACCAACUCUCUAACCAAGUCGUUUAGUUUAGCUGAUAGUGCCCUUAUUUUAUCCAUCGAGGCACAAGUUUACAUGACCAUGGGAAGGUUUGAGGAAGCUGUGGCGGCAGCAGACCAAUCAACACAACUUGAUCCAAGAAACAAGGAGGCAAGUAGAGUGGCUAAAUGGGCCAGAGUAGUUUCAUUGGCUCGAUUGAGAGGCAAUUUUCUUUUCAAGGAGUCAAGAUUCUCCGAGGCCUGCAUUGCCUAUAGCGAAGGCCUAGAAAACGACCCGUAUAACUCGAUUUUGUUAUGCAACCGAGCGGCUUGCCGAUGGAAGCUGGGGCAGUAUGAGAAAGCUGUUGAAGAUUGCUCUGCUGCUCUUCAGGCACAGCCUCGUUACAGCAAAGCCAGACUGCGGAGGGCUGAUUGCAAUGCCAAAAUGGAAAGAUGGGAGGCUUCGAUUCAAGAUUAUGAGGUGUUGAUAAGGGAGAGUCCAGGAAAUGAGGAAGUGGGGAGGGCCCUGUUUGAGGCGCAGGUGCAACUCAGAAAGCAGCGUGGGGAAGAUGUUAAGGACUUGAAAUUUGGGUCCAAUUUGGUGUCCAUUUCUAGCUAUGAACGUUUUAGGCACUUUGUUACUUCUCCUGGGAUGUCAGUGGUUCUGUUCUGCAACAAAAGCAGCCAUAAACAGGGGUUAGAAUUAGAAGUGUUCGAGCAAGUUUACAAGCGGUUUCCAUCGGUGAAUUUUCUCAAGGUGGAGAUAGAAGACCAUCCAUAUUUGGCGAAGUUGGAGAAUGUGAGCUCCAUUCCAGGUUUUAAAAUAUACAGAAAUGGGACAGUAGUGAAGGAAAUCCCAGGCUCCAAACCCCAUUCAUUAGAAAGUUUAGUGAAGUUGUACAGCAGUUGAAUCUCUGAACAUGAUUACACAAAGUUGAAGGAGUUUGUUUUUGUUCAUAUGUACAUAUGGCGAUGAAAUUCAAAUUCAAAGGAAGAAAACAUUUCAUGGGAUGCUGUGAAACAUUUGAAUUGGAUAUUCAGAUGAAGAUGUGAGUGAAAAAGGUUGCAGCUAAAUUCAAAGUAUAUUAGAUAGGUCUGCCUAGUGUUAUUUUC